AAAAAUAAUAACCAGAAUGGUUGAAGGGAAAAAGUGCGAGUGUGGAAAGAUUAUAGCUGCAUAUAGUGUUUAUUUUAUGUUUGUAUUAUUCUUGCUUCUUACAUAAAAAGUUUUGUUAAUUUAUUUAAUAUUCAGAAAGCAUGAGGUUAACUUCCAAACUUUGUGCUCAGCACAUUGGCUUUAUGUUUAAGAAGCAUUGGCAUGUUCAAGGUAAAAGAGUUGCUCGUUCAACUGGAGCUAUUGAAGAACUUAAAGCUCAUGGCAUUGAAGUUAAGGAUCCAGAAGAGGUAAUUGGAUUAAAACGACCAUUCGUUGAAUUUGAACUAUUUAAACAAAAACCAAUCGACACCAGUUCUUAUGUUGAUUGUCAUGACUUUGGCAAUGAUAAUGUUCUAGUAGAAGGACUGUCACAAGCGCAAAUAAUUACAAACUCAAUAGUUGUGGAUGAGCUUCCAGAAAAAAUAUCGAGUUCAAUUGAAAAAACAGAAAUUUCAAGUGCAACAAAACAAAAUAUUCAUCGUGCUAUUUUGGCAUCUUGUGUAUUCGAUGCUUAUCAAGAAAAGUUGCCAAAAAUUAAAGUACCUGGAAAACCCAUGUACAAUUUACCAAGAAUAUAUGGAAUUCCAGUAAAUAGGAAAUGUGAGCUAUUAAUUUCAAAACUUUUAUUUGAGUGCGAAAAACUAGCUGCAUCCAAUAUCAGUCAACAAAAUAAACUAGUAAAUGAUGCAUAUUUUGAAGUUUUCCUACAGAAAAAUGAUAAUUUAAUUAGAUUAAAUGUCAAAGCAGAUAGUUUAUUACUAAGCAAAACAACUAUAGAACCGUUUUCAGGCACAUUUGAAGGAAAUGUUCCAGAUAUAUUUCCUAUGAAUUUUACAAUUGGUUUACCUAAAAUUCAAAUACCAAAAAAUGAACUUAAUCCUUUUACGGGAAUAAUUUCAAAUUAUUUUCCCCAUAUAGUUUUUUCACAUUUUUCACCAGAAGAAGUUACAAAUUUAUAUAAAACACCCGUAAAAACUAAUCAACUUCAAGGAAGAACUUUAUUAAAGGCUUUUGCAGCUGCAUACACUAAAGCAACAAUGAUGUAUGGGAAUAAAACUAAGGAUUUAGAAAAACCUCUUGUAGUGCAAAGUAUACAUACUGAUGGUAAACAAUUUCACUUUGGUAUUUUUCAAUUAAACACCACGAAUCUUAGCGAUUCAAAUGAAACAAAAAAUAUUUGGUUCCAAACACCACUUUUUAAUCUUUAUGAUGUAUGUGAAUACCAAAAAGGUCAACCAAUUUUGGAUGGAUUUAAUCCGGAAUUGUUCAAAAUUCUAAAUGUAUUUUAUAAUAACAGUUAACUUAAUUAAUUAUUCAUAAUUAGAAAAUCGUGAAAUGCUAAUAAAAAUUUUUACUUUUGUUUUAUUGAAAUCAAAA